AUGCCUUCACAAACCUCAACAACGCUCGCCUCGCCCAUCCCUCGCCGCCGCUCACCACUGCUCACAAACUCAACUUUCGGAAGAGACGUAUCUCUCUGCCUCUCAAAUACACUGAACAUGAAGGCCAAGAGCCCAUACACCUUCAUCCUCCGCGAAAACGAGAACGACUACUCGCCCCCAGCUCCACCACCACCUAGUCCCGUCAACUUCCCCAUGGAGAGCUGGAGCACCGCUUGUUCUGUCCGAAGAUAG